AUGGAGAAACUAUUCACUGAAGCUAAAGAAGAAAUUUUUAAAAUGACCGAAGAAAAUAUUAGCAAUAUAUCUCCUUUUGAUUUAAAUAAGUCAACUUAUUCGCAAGUAGCUCAAGCGACAUGUCAAUUGGUUGUAGAUGGCCGAAUACUUGUUGAGUGUAGUAAGAAAGAGGACGCAUCUAAAUUUAAUGAUGCAGCUAACGCAAAAUUAUCAGAUGCUUACGAAGUUAAAGAAAUUAAAAGUAGAAAUAGGAAAAUUAGAAUAGUUGAUAUGAUUGAGAAGCAUGAACCUGACGAACUUAUUUCGUUACAUAAGUACCAAAAUGAUGUCAUCCAAUCGUCCAGAGUUUGCAGCGUUGUGAAAAUUUGGGCUACUAAGAAAAAUGAUAAGAUGUAG